CUUUUUUUCUGUCUGUUCUCCAGGUUCGCCUUCCCCAUGAGCAGCAGUCUGUUGCUGAUUCUAUUACAUAUUAAGGUGUUUGAGCUUCUACAAUGGGCACUGCAUAUUAAGCAGGGGUGGAAGACUGAAGCCCAUUUGGGGGCAGAAUGAGUUUAAAAGAUGCUGACAGUGCAGUUUGCCAGGCAAAGACAGCCUAUAAUCUUCAUAUUUACCCCCAGCUCUCAACAGAAAGUGCUCCCUGCUGCAAAGUGACAGCAACCAAGGACAGCACAUCUUCAGAUGUCAUCAAGGACGUGAUUAAUAUCUUAAACCUGGAUGUCUCAAAACAUUAUGUGCUCGUGGAGGUGAAAGAAGCAGGUGGUGAAGAAUGGGUGCUUGAUAUAAAUGAUUCUCCAGUUCAUAGGGUUUUACUUUGGCCUCGUCGUGCUCAGGAUGAGCAUCCUCAAAAGGAUGGGUACUACUUUCUGUUGCAAGAAAGGAACACUGAUGGGACUAUCAAAUAUGUCCAGAUGCAACUGCUAUCCAAGGAGACAGAUGCUCGGCGAUUGGUUGAAAGGGGUUUUCUUCCCUGGCAUCAGGAGGACUUUGAUGACUUAUGCAAUCUCCCCAACCUAACAGAGACAACACUCCUAGAAAAUCUCAAGUGCCGCUUUCUAAAGCACAAAAUUUAUACUUAUGCAGGAAGUAUUUUGAUUGCAAUUAACCCCUUCAAAUUCCUGCCCAUUUAUAAUCCUAAAUACGUCAAGAUGUAUGAGAAUCAUCAGCUUGGGAAGUUGGAGCCUCAUAUUUUUGCCAUUGCUGAUGUGGCUUAUCACACAAUGCUCAAAAAACAUGUCAAUCAGUGCAUAGUUAUAUCAGGUGAAAGUGGGUCUGGAAAAACUCAAAGCACAAACUUCUUAAUUCACUGCCUCACGGCACUGAGCCAGAAAGGGUACGCAAGUGGUGUGGAGAGAACUAUUCUAGGAGCUGGACCAGUUCUGGAGGCAUUUGGAAAUGCAAAAACAGCACAUAACAAUAACUCCAGUCGUUUUGGAAAAUUUAUUCAAGUCAACUAUUUAGAGAAUGGUAUUGUCCGAGGGGCUGUUGUUGAAAAAUACCUUCUUGAAAAAUCUCGUCUGGUUUCUCAAGAAAAAGAUGAAAGGAACUACCAUGUCUUUUAUUAUUUUCUUCUUGGCCUCAAGCAACCUGAAGAUUAUUUCUACCUCAAUCAGCAUAACUUGAAAAUUGAAGAUGAGGAGGAUCUCCGGCAUGACUUUGAGAGAUUAAAACAAGCCAUGGAGAUGGUUGGCUUUCUUUCAGCCACAAAGAAACAGAUUUUUUCAGUGCUUUCGGCUAUUCUUUAUUUGGGCAACGUUACUUACAAGAAGAAAGCUACUGGUCGUGAUGAAGGGUUGGAAGUAGGACCUCCUGAAGUGUUGGACAUUCUUUCACAGCUUUUAAAAGUCAAACGAGAAAUUUUAGUGGAAGUGCUGACAAAAAGAAAAACUGUGACGGCUAAUGAUAAGCUUAUUUUGCCAUAUAGUCUCAAUGAGGCAAUAACAGCUCGUGAUUCAAUGGCAAAGUCCUUGUACAGUGCUCUGUUUGAUUGGAUUGUUCUGCGAAUUAAUCAUGCGCUUCUUAAUAAGAAGGACAUGGAGGAAUCUGUUACAUGUUUGUCCAUUGGUGUACUUGAUAUUUUUGGAUUUGAAGACUUUGAAACAAACAGUUUUGAACAGUUCUGCAUAAAUUAUGCAAAUGAGCAGCUUCAGUAUUAUUUCAAUCAGCAUAUUUUCAAAUUGGAACAGGAGGAAUAUAAGAGUGAAGGGAUCAGUUGGCAUAAUAUUGACUAUACUGAUAAUGUGGCCUGCAUUCACUUAAUCAGCAAGAAGCCCACUGGCCUCUUCUAUCUUCUGGAUGAAGAAAGCAAUUUUCCACAUGCCACCAACCAAACUCUACUUGCAAAAUUCAAACAGCAGCAUGAGGAGAACAAGUUUUUUGUUGGCACCCCAGUGAUGGAGCCUGCUUUUAUCAUCCGACACUUUGCUGGGAAAGUUAAAUACCAGAUAAAAGAUUUCAGAGAGAAAAAUAUGGAUUACAUGAGACCAGAUAUUGUUGCUUUACUACGAAGUAGUGACAGUGCUUACGUUCGGGAGCUGAUAGGAAUGGACCCUGUAGCUGUGUUCCGUUGGGCUGUUCUGCGGGCAGCUAUUCGAGCAAUGGCUGUCUUUGCAGAAGCUGGACGACAAAGAGCUCAGAAGACCGCAGGAGUGGUGCGCCAAGGACCCCGAGUUCCCCUUGGAGAACUCCAGAGAGCAAAUACACCAGUAGAAAAAGUUUACCGAGACAUGCAUGAACAAAUCAUCGCGAGUAUAAAAGGACUUCCAUGGCAGGGUGAUGACCCAUGUAAGCUGCUUCGGUCACUCAAUCGACUUCAACACCGCUCCCACUUCAUGAAAAGUAGAGGUAUCAAACAAAAGCAGAUCACUCCCAAGAACUUGCUGGAUUCCAAGUCUCUGAAGCUCAUAGUAAGCAUGACUCUGCAUGAUCGAACUACAAAAUCCCUCUUGCAUUUGCACAAAAAGAAGAAACCCCCUAGCAUAAGUGCACAAUUCCAGACUUCGCUUAAUAAAUUAUUGGAGACACUGGGGAAAGCUGAGCCGUUCUUCAUCCGUUGCAUCCGCUCCAAUGCUGAGAAGAAAGAGAUGUUUUUUGAUGAAAGCUUGGUGCUUCAACAGUUAAGAUAUACUGGCAUGCUAGAAACUGUGAGAAUCAGAAGAUCUGGCUACAGUGCCAAAUAUACAUUCCAGGAAUUCAUAGACCAGUUUCAGGUGCUACUGCCCAAAAGUGCUAAAGCAUCUAAGGAAGACAUUUUUGCUUAUUUGAAUAAACUAAAACUGGACAAAAACUACUAUCAAAUAGGGAAGACCAAGGUUUUUAUGAAAGAGGCUGAACGGCAGAUACUACAGGAUACACUACACAAAGAAGUGAUCAGGAAAAUCAUUCUUCUUCAGAGCUGGCUGAGGAUGGUUUUGGAAAGGAGACGCUUUCUCAGAAUACGGCAAGCAGCCGUUGUUUUGCAGGCUUGGUGGCGCUCCUGUUAUGUUAGGAGGGAACUGGAGAAGAAUAAUGCUGCCACUUGUAUUCAGACAGCAUGGCGAGGAUACAGGGAACGAAAAUACUACCUUCAGCAGAAGAAUAGAAUUUGUCUUGUGCAAGCCGUGGUUAGAGGACACCUGCAGCGUAAGAGAUUUCAGAAAAUGGCUGUGGAAAAGCAGAAAGCUGAAGAAAAACAGAGAGAAAUGCAGGAAACUCAAGACAGAGAAAAUGAUAUGAGUAAGGACGAGGGCAAUGAACCAGCAACAGAUCAAUUGCCUGUGAUACAUGAGUCAGAGCUGGAUCAAGCGGCUGUGGGCAUUGAUGAAGCUCCAAAUAAGCAAGCUGAAAACCUGAGCUCGUCUUCUGAAAAAGCUGCGUUAUUCCAGAAGAACACGACAGGGAACUCUGAGAAGGUAACAAACAGUCGGGAGAAACGUGAAUCUCGCCGGCAGAGGGGGCUGGAACAUAAUGAAUUACAGAAUAAGCUUGUCCUGUUUUCCUUCGAGGGACCACCUUUACUGUGCCUUGAGGAAAAAACCUCUUCUGAAGAGGCCCCAGAAACUGUUGAAGAGCCAAAGAAAUCCACAGCACAAGAUACUGUCAUUCAAGAAAAUCGCAAGGAAAAGAAAAGUCCAGGCGAAGGAGAAACCCUUUCAGGCACGCCCCUAUCAAGUGACAUAAAAGAAAGUGGUUCCAUUCCUGAGCAAUCACCUGAAUCGGAAGUGGAAAGAGUAGAUGAUAAGGCUGUUGAGGGAGUCAAAACACAAGAGAACCAAAAGAACCAGAUAAAAGGCAGCCAAAGCUUUAACUGCCCUGAAAGGCCAACAGAUCUUGCACUGAAUGUUAAAAAUAUUCUACCUGCUACUGGGAGCUUUCGAAUUCCAGCUGAACGUUGUGCAGAUAAAAACAAACGUCUUGUUCAGAAGACGACCAAAGAUCUCGAUAGUCCCACUUCUUCCCCGAUUCAGAGAUAUGUGGAUGACCCCGGGAAACUAAAGUAUAAGAGGGAGAAGUGGAAAGGAAAGAGACAGUCUGAUGCUGGUCACAAUGACAUCCUGAGUCAGUCUUUGGAUGAAAGAACGCAUGUGGAUCGGUCUCCUCAGGAUCAGCUAGAAAAGAAGGGGAGUUCAUCUUCUUUAAAUGAUCUCUCUUCCCUGACUCAGUCUGUUGCUGUGAAUCAGCAAUCACCAGAUACAAUAGAAGAAGAAAAGGGCAACAAGAAACAUCCUGUGCAAAAGAAGUUCAGUGAACUCCUACCUACCGGGGAUUCAGCUGUUUCCAUGCAGCCACCAAGUCAGCAGAUAGAUGCCAAGUCUACAUUUAAAAGCCCUUUGCGUAGACUUUUGGGGAAGAAAACAGACAAGAAAAUUCUGAAGGAGAGUCCUGAUGUGAUUGAUGAAGGAGAAGGCCUUUCCUUUGUAUCUUGUGUCCUGUUUGCAGAAACAGGAGGACCCCAGAAAGUUUCAGAAACUUCUUCUGGACAGCCAAGUCGCCUCCAGGUGGGAGAGCACCAUGUAAAAGAGAGUAGUAAAACAAAGAAGAACCGUACUAUUAAGAUCAGCAAGAUCUCGAGUGUGUCUCAGAAUUGGCAAGCUCCCAUGGUCUGUGAGAUUAAAAAUGCCAAUGAACUGAAACAUCUUGAUGACUUCCUUCUAAACAAGAUCAAUGACUUGCACUCCCAGAAGUCUGGUGUUGAAUGUUUAUUUUUUGAAGCCACGGAGAAGUUUAGAGGAAAUAUCAAGACCAUGUACUCUGCUCCUAACGGACAAAUCCACGUUGGCUACAAAGAUCUGGUGGAAAAUUACCAGCUUCUAGUUACAAAUCUGGCAAAAGAAAGGGAGGAGAAAGAAGUCAAGCUGGUCUUGAAUCUCUUCCAGUCCCUUCUGGAUGAAUUCACCAGAGGAUAUGCAAAAAAAGAGGAAUCUGAGCAGCACAAGCAAAGCAAAGCCCAGAAGAAGAAACGAAAACAAGAUCGUGCGAUUGAAGAACACAACGGUCACGUAUUCACAAGCUACCAAGUUAGCAUUCGGCAGUCGUGUGAACACUGCUCGUCCUACAUCUGGCCCAUGGAGAAGGCCUGUCUCUGCAGUGUUUGCAAGUUGACUUGUCACAAGAAAUGCAUGUCCAAAAUCCAAAGCAGCUGCACGUCCUGUGAAAAAAAGAAUGAACAGGAUGCGGAACCACGUCACUUUGGAGUAUGUGUGAGUGCCCUGACCAGUGAGAGAAACUCAGUUCCCAUUGUCAUGGAGAAGCUGCUAGAGUAUGUGGAGAUGCAUGGCCUCUACACAGAAGGCAUUUACAGGAAAUCAGGAUCAGCAAAUCGCAUGAAGGAGCUGAAACAGUUGCUGCAAGCAGAUCCCAAUUCAGUGAAACUGGAGAAUUACCCUAUUCAUACUAUUACUGGGAUCCUGAAGCAAUGGCUACGAGAAUUACCCGAUCCAUUAAUGACAUCUGCACAGUACAAUGAUUUUCUCCGAGCUGUAGAACUACCAGAAAAACAGGAGCAACUCUGUGCCAUUUAUAGUGUCCUUGAACAGCUUCCACAAGCAAAUCAUAAUACCCUGGAGAGACUCAUCUUCCAUCUGGUCAAAGUGGCUUUGAUAGAAGAUGUCAACCGUAUGUCACCCAAUGCCCUGGCCAUUGUUUUUGCUCCAUGCCUCUUGCGUUGUCCUGAUACCUCUGACCCUUUAACCAGCAUGAAGGACGUUUCAAAAACAACAAUGUGUGUAGAGAUGCUGAUAAAGGAACAGAUAAGGAAGUACAAGAUAAAAAUGGAUGAAAUAAAUCAGCUGGAAGCAGCUGAGAGCAUCGCUUUUCGACGACUGUCAUUGCUCCGGCAGAAUACGAAUAAGAGCCCACAGGCCAAAGGAGAUGACAGCAACAACUCAGAACUAGGCUCAUUGCGUGAAGAGGAGGAAGUUUCUGAAGCUGAUAAUCGGGAAAAGGAGAUUCUCAUUGAUCGCAUCCAGUCAAUAAAAGAAGAAAAGGAAGAUAUAACUUAUCGGUUACCUGAGCUUGAUCAGAGAGGCUCAGAUGAGGAAAAUGUAGACUCCGAGACCUCAGCAAGCACAGAGAGCCUGCUAGAGGAUAGAAGAGGACGGAUGGAUACCGAAGGAAAUACUUUUUCUGGAUUACGCUGCCAUGCUCGGAGUUCCAGUAUGCCUGCCAAAGACACUUGUACAGUGCCUUCUCUUUCGCAGACCUCUUCAAAUUCUUCCCUUGCAUCCCUGGCUUCAAGACACAGAUUAUCUUUAACACUGGCCAAGAUUAAAGUGCCCCGUCGAACUCCAGUGAUGCCAACAGCAAAUAUAAAACUUCCUCCUGGGAUUUUCAAAUGUACAGAAUCCCAGGAGAGGACUUCAGCUAGUGAAGAGUCUCAAAUAACUGUGAGACGAAGGGGGCAGCCAGCAAGGCGAACUGAUAAAAUCCACUCUGUAUACAUUGCACAAGGGUCUGCAGUGGCCCACGCUCAGGAACUUUUGGACGAAUAUGAACCAACAGCGAAAGUAAAACGGAGGUUUUCGGACCCUUACUCUCACAUUCCCUGUACAGAGAAGUGAAAUAUUUAAGCUAUCUGGAUUCUUUUUGAAGUUGACUACAGCUUUGGCUUUAACCCUUCGAAGGCUGUGAACUUGUUCAUGUUCUUUUAAGUGGCUGCUAGGGAGGCAGUCCGGAAAUGUACAGUACUGUAAGGGUUAGACAAGGUUGUUUAAAACAAAUAAUAUUCCUCACUUUAAAUUAAAACCCUGCAAAGAAAGUAGAACAUAAAUCUACAUUGAGUAAAACACAUGGGCUGAGUGUACAAGAAGAAAUUAAUGGCCCCUCCAUUCUGCUGCCGUGCCUUUUUGUAUUUGCCUUACAACGGACUCUUAACAGGACCAACGGUGAAUUUGGGUCAGUGUGUGUUGCCUUAAUUUUUUUACGUUUUUAUGACAACUUUGUGUGGUUUACAAAACUGUUAUUGUUGUAAUAGCCUUAACCAUGACCAAAAUAUCUAAAAACGUUUAUUAAUACAUUGCACUUUUUAAAUAUACAUGCGUUAGGUUAUCCGUG